AUGGAGGUCAACGGCGACUUGUCAUCGGUCUUGGGAAACAAAUUGGUCAAGUUGGAUGGGAUUCAACUGCAACAGUUGAGGUAGGCGAUGUUUCUGUGCCUAGCAAGCGAGCAUCAGAUUAAAAAUUGGCUACGUAUUGUACAAUUUUUCCUUCUCUACUCUCGCGGCAAAAACUGGGAAUUUCAUGCAAUUCUGCAUAACGCGAUAAUGCGAUUGUGAGAUAAUUGCGUCGUUCUUCCAGAAACCCAUUUCGCAUUGUGCACCAAAAAAGCUCUUUCAGUAAAUCUUAGCAUUUUUGGGCAUAAGUGACAAUUUAUACGAAGAAAAGUUUUCAUCGUAUAAAAUGUCGCCUCUGUGCAUUUUUUGCACCAGGUCGCGAUUCUCAUUUUCCGAGCGUACGAUAUCCCGGUCUGAAUAGAAUUUGAGGCCGGGGGAUAAGUUCUCAGGAUUUUUUGCGCCUAGUAAUGUGUCACGACAUAAAGUCCUGACACAUUUUGUCGCGGGUGUCGCGCGAGAAUAGUGGCAAGUUCGCGCGAAAGUGCAUGUCGCUAGUGCAAAAACGGGGAAUUGCCGCGACGGGUCCGAAAGAAAAACAAAAUGCACUGUGCAAAUGUGUCAGGACUUUAUGUCGCGACGAGUAUGUAGUAUGUAGACGCCCUUUUUCAGACGACCGGACGUCACACAAGCAAUAGACACCCUCGGCAGACUCUCUGCGGACUGCUUUGGAGCCAGAGAUGUCUACACCAGCUCGGAAAAGCUCCUUCAAAAUCUCGAUCAAAGUUUGUACCUCAGCUGGGAAUACGAUCCGUAAGUUGCGAUCAGUCUGUCGCGAAAAUAAUGGCCAUUUUAUCGCAGCGAAAAUCGCAUUGCCACCGAGAAAAAAUAGUUGUGUCGGGAAAAAAACAAAUUGCUUUUCACUUCAGCGACGAGCGACAUUGCGCAUUAUUUUCCCGACAGACUAAUAAUACGUGAAAUUUCCAAAAAAACUGAUGGGUUUUUCCAACUUCAAGCUGAUUUACAGACGUCUGACAACUAUAUUCUCAUGUAAAAUUUCUUGCAGAAGCCUCGACAAGAGCUUUAUCAUUGGCUACAUCAAGGUGGGCAAGAAGCACCUGUUCCUCUACGACAAGCUUCUCGAGGCGUACGAAGGCGACCUCUCCGUUGUGAUGGACAUGUUCAUCCACACAACGAGACAACGACGGGGCCAUGGAAAGGCCUUGUUCGAGUUCCUGUUGACCACGGAGAACUUGCCCGCGCAUCUCGUGGCAUUGGACAAUCCCACCGCCGCGCUGUUGAGUUUCUUCGCCAAAGCCUUUGGGCUGGAGAAGCCCGUGUGGCAGAACACCAACAUUGUCGUGUUUCAGAAGCUGUUCGACUCCAUUCAGCGGAAUGGUGAGCGUCUUGCUGUUUAACGAAUAUAGUCAGCUCUGUGGAGAACGAACCGAAAGCAAACAAAAAAUUAACUUCCUUUGGAAGGGUUUUGCUCUAUGGAGGUUUAUCACUCUGUCGCAAAACAAAAAAUUUGAAUUUUUAAAUUCCCGCCGAAGUUUGGCAUUCUGUUUCAAGGCGUUUUUAGUGUCUGAAGUUUCAAAAAAUAUACUGGCUGACAAAAAUUUCUUUCCACUUCGUAUCUCGGGAACCGCUGGGCCUAGAACCUCCAAAUUCGGCAUAGAAACAUCCUGAGACAAUCUAACACCAUACCCAAAAAAUCAUAUUAUUUGAUGCACUUUCAGUGCACUUUUUAUCCAAAAGGCAAAAAACGGGAUGACAAAAUUUUCUUUCCACUUUGGAAAAACGUUUGUAAAUCAUAAGCCAGAGGGCGCUAAGGCAUGAUUGUGGUAUCGUUGUGUUCGCAAAUGAGUCCUCUCUUGAUCCGUGUCACAGUUUUACAAUAGUUUUCGUUUGUUCGUCCUUGGGCGUCUGUUCAUCGUCGCCUUGUCCGUUUUCAGCUAAACUCUUGGCCAGAAAAGCUCGCAGAAGGCCCAAGGAGACGAAACUGCCCGUAUUAAAUCUGGUAUUUAUGGUUGCAACAUUGUUUACUCCGGCAGUAGAAUUAGAUUUAAUUUAAGCGUGUUGCAUAGGAAAAUGUGCACUUCCAGGGUUCUCGUUUCCAGAAAAUUACGUUAUUAUGGGAACACUGCAGACAAUUCAAGUAACUUUUUUUGCUGAUAUGUUUUCUAUGAUACUACAGCCUUAAAAAAUAGUGACGAUUUUAGUCUCUGAUGUCGCGUUUAGGUUUGAGCAGAAGAAAGAUUCCGCAUGCCCCAUGUGCAAAAUUUGCAACCCUAAGCUACCCGCGCAAGCAACUUGUCGUGCCAAAAACGUUAAAAGCAGGACAAAGUCACUGUAUUAAGGUAGUCCGGUAGUCAAAAGUUCCAAUAUGUCAAGCUUAAGUAAUGCCAAUUCCUCCCCGUCAUAUAAUGCAACAACCUGCGUUACUAAAGACGACAUAGACCAGAGGGGGGUAAGAUAAGGUAGUAGAUUUCAGCACAGACUGUCGUAUAAUACCUAAAAUGCGCCAUAUGUCCAGUAAACGCAUAUUAUUUGGACUUUUCCAUUCUGUACAUAAGCGAUUUUCUGGUUUCGCGAACCCUGGAAGUGCACAUUUUACACUUAAAUUGAAUCUAAUUUUACUGCUGGUGUAAACAAUGUUGCAAACAUAAAUAGCAGAUUUUUUAACGGCAGUUUCAUCUCCUUGGGCCUUCUGCGAGCUUCUCGGCCACGAAUUUGGCAGAAAACGGACAAGGCAACGAUGAGCAGACGCCCAAGGGCGAAAAACGAAAGGUCCUGUAAAAUUGUGCCACGGAUCGAAAGAGGACUUCUUCGCGAUCACAACGACACCACAAUCAUGCCAUAGCGCCCUCUGGCUUAUGAUUUACAAGCGGUGGAAAGAAAAUUUUGUCAUCACGUUUUUGCCGUUUGCAUAAAAAGUGCACUGAAAGUGCAUCAACUGAUAUGAUUUUUUGGGUGUGAUGUUAGAUUGCCCCAUAAUGUUUCUAUGCCGAAUUUGGAGGUUCUAGGCCCAGCGGUUCCCGAGAUACGAAGUGGAAAGAAAUUUUUGUCAGCCAGUAUAUUUUUUGAAACUUCAGACACUAAAAACGCCUUGAAACAGAAUGCCAAACUUCGGCGGGAAUUUAAAAAUUCAAAUUUUUUGUUUUGCGACAGAGUGAUAAACCUCCAUAGAGCAAAACCCUUCCAAAGGAAGUUAAUUUUUUGUUUGCUUUCGGUUCGUUCUCCACAGAGCUGACUAUAUUCGUUAAACAGCAAGACGCUCACCAUUCCGCUGAAUGGAGUCGUUUGCGCUUCGAAACAGAAUGCCAAGAUUUGGCGGGAAUGCAAAAAUUUAAAUUUUUUAGUUCUGCAAAACCUCGCAAAGCAAUUUGAGUUUGUCGCGCGCGACACAAUUCAUGUUAUCGGCGGCGAUACGAUACUGGAUGCGACAGAGUGCUCAUUAUUUUCUCGACAGACUGAUGUGCCCCGUUUUCAGACGAAUACACGCCUGAGGGCUGGCGCCGUCCGCAAGCGCCGAGAAAUCUGUCGGGAAACGGCGACGUCUCUCUUCGCUAUUUGGACAGUGCCGCCUCCGGACACCCGUGCAAGAGUCGGCUGAGCCGCGACUCCUCGCUGAGCUCGUCGAUUGACUCGGCCGACGAGACCAUGUCUCAGCGUCAGAUGCAGGCGCGAAACCGAAAACAACAACUCUUGAGUAGUAAACCGCUGUGGUAG